AUGGCGUUGGAAUUACAGCCGCCCAGCGAUCGCAAGCGGGUUAAAGUUUACGAACUAAAGGAGAAUGACUGGUUCGAUCGGGGUACAGGGUUUUGCACUGGCCAGAUUCUUGAUGAUGAACCGCGAAUAUUUGUGGAAUCAGAAGACAAACCCAACCGGGUACUUCUGGAGACAAAGAUCUCCAAAGAUGGCGGGUAUCAGAAGCAGCAAGAUACAUUGAUCGUGUGGACCGAGCCGAACCAGACAGAUAUGGCGUUAAGCUUUCAGGAAGCAGAAGGAUGCGCAAUGAUUUGGAACUUUGUCAAUUCUGUCCAGCAACACCUUCUCACUCUCGCCGCAGGUGAUGACGCACUAUCUGAAGAUCUCGAGAGCAUGCAUUCCGUUACUCUACCCGCACCUGAACUGGCGAAUCUUCCCGAUAUUGAUCAUCUAAUGAGGGCCGCCAGCAUGGCUCAAACCGGCCGCGAUGCGCUGUCGAAGUGUGUCAUUCGGGAUGAUUAUAUCCAGAAGCUCCUACCCCUGGUCACAGUCGCCGAAGACCUGGAGAGUCUUCCCGACUUGCACCGUCUCUGCAACAUCAUGAAAUCACUCAUCCUUCUCAACGAUACCACUAUUAUCGAGACAGUCGUCACGGACUCUGUCAUACUUGGAGUUGUUGGGGCAUUAGAAUAUGACCCCGAAUUCCCUACGCAUAAAGCGAACCAUCGCCAAUACCUGUCCGACGAGUCGCGCUACAAAGAAGUCGUUCCUAUCAGGGACGAGACAAUUCGACGCAAGAUCCGCUACACUUGGCGGUUGCAAUAUCUGAAAGACGUUGUACUCGCCCGAAUCCUCGACGAUCCUACCUUUUCCGUCUUGAACUCUAUGAUCUUUUACAACCAGGUCGACAUUGUGAACCACAUUCAGUCGGAUGGCGCCUUUCUAAAGGAGCUAUUUUCGGUCUUUGAUCCGAGAAGCGCAGAUGCAAAGCGCAAAGAGGACGCCGUCCAGUUCCUUCACCAAUGCGCGUCAAUCGCGAAAAACUUACAGGUUCCGGAGCGUGCCACCCUAUUCGCAAACCUCAUCAGCCACGGCCUUUUUGCUGUGAUCGCCUUCGCCAUUAAGCACCCAAACCCGGCUAUUCGGACUACGGGAAUUGACAUUUUAGUUGCGCUCCUUGACCACGACCCCAUAAUGAUGCGCAGUUAUAUGCUCAAGGCCGUCAAUGAAAAGAAGACGCCCCUUACCGACACGCUAAUCGACUUGCUUCAUACAGAGACGGAUCUCGGUGUGAAGAACCAACUUGCAGAUGCGAUCAAGGUCUUAUUAGACCCACAGGUUCCCAUCCAGGCUGCGAUGGCUCGGGCUGGUCCCGAGGCCGCCAAAGUGCGGCCCAAUAUACUUUCCGACGCCUUUGUCCAGAACCACUUCGAGGAAUCUUCAAGGAGGCUGUUUGCGCCGCUAAAACGACUUGAAGAUCAAUCUAGUCCGCACGGUUUGACCUUCCAAGCUGUAGCUUUAUACUCUCAUCUUGUUGAUAUCCUCACCUUCUUCGUCCGCCAACACCUUUACCGAUGCCGUAACGUCAUUCAGAAUGAGCGGCUCGCAGCCCACAUAACUCAACUUCUCCGAGUACCGCAAAAGCACCUUAAACUAACCGCCUUGAAAUUCUUCAGGACCCUUCUAAGCCUCCAAGAUACCUUUUAUCAAGCUUUGAUGACGCACAAUGAUACCUUCGGGCUCAUACUUGACAUUGUUUACGAGACCAUGCCCCGCGAUAACCUGCUCAACUCCGCCUGCCUUGAACUUUUCGAAUUCAUCAAGCGGGAACAUAUCAAACCAAUAACUCUCCAUGUGGUCGGAAAAUAUGGCGACAAGCUGCGGAAUAUCACCUAUGUCGACACAUUCCAGGGGUUGAUACUUCAUUACGAACAACUCCAGGGCUACAGCGAGGAAGGAGAUUCAACGCUAUACUCUCAAGAGGAGUCUACACCUGGUUUGAAGAUGCAACCUACUGGACGCUGGCAAGGCGUAAAGGAAAUGGACCCUGCUGAAGAGGAGUACUUCAACACGUCGGACGACGAGGAGGAGUGGCAGCAAGAUACCCAGGCCUCGGGAACGUUACUUUCACAAGUACCGAAUGGUGCCGCCUCUCCGUCUGUAAAGUCCCUGGUUGAUUAUCCAGAUGACGACGAGGAAGAUGUCAAUGCAAUGGAUACGAAACCCGAACCAGACACCGCUCAAAAACAACUGCAACCUGCUGAGGCCUCUAAUGAGGAUGCACCGGCCGAUCCAAGUAUAGAGGUUCCGUCGACGCCACCCUCACAAGUUGUGCAAACGCCUCCGGAGAGAUUAUCGGAGAAGCGCCGGCGCGAGGAAGAGGACGACGACGAGCUCGUCAAGCUCACAUCUGGACCAAAACGACGAAGUUCAACGAGUAGCUCAACCGGAAGCGCAGGAUUUCUACGGAAGAAGCGAAGCGGUUCUGUCGGCUCAGUUUCCGUCCCCAAUAAAGUCGCUCAAGGCGAUGGUCGACCUAGCACUGGGAAUGCGGUUCCGAAGCGGAUCGCCAUUAACCUCAGCUCUUCGGUAAAAAGCCGCAGAGAGUCGAGAAAUGCAACUGGAUGCUGUAUCAAAUGCGGCUGGGAAAGAACAUGA